UGCAGUUUACAGAAGCUCACAUUGACUGCUAUUAUUCAUGACUCAUUUUAGGAUACUGAUUUAAAAGCUUUUCAUCAACUUCUGGAAUACACAUCCUGUCUGAAAAAUCCAGACAGUCUGACCAGUUACUAUAACACAGGGUGAUCCAGUUGAGCUGGCACUCCUUUACCAGCUGACAAUGUGUGACGAGGCUGGAUCCUCAGAUAAUCUGACUCAGUGUCCACAGGACAAGGCAGUUGUGGAUAUGGACCAUCACCAUAAGCAUGUGGAGCAUGUGAUUAGUCCUACGUUGACUAGAAUCUAUAUGGACUACAAUGCCACUACUCCAGUUGAUCCUGAGGUGGUCAGUGUGGUCACUGAAGCUUUAAAUGAAGCUUGGGGAAACCCCAGCAGCAUGUACCUGCCAGGACUGAAAGCCAAAGAUAUCAUUAACCAGUCACGAGAGAGUGUCGCUAGGAUGGUUGGAGGAAAGGCAUCGGACAUCAUAUUUACAUCAGGUGGCACUGAGGCUAAUAACAUGGUGUUUCACUCGGUACUGGAACACUUCUGGAAGAGCAGCAGGUCGGCUGACGGUGGAAGAGAGGAAAAUUAUCAUCUUAAUGGCAAAAGUAUUCGUCCUCACAUCAUCACAUCCAAUGUGGAGCAUGAUUCUGUCAAACUUGUGGCUGAACACCUGGUAAAAAUGGACAAGGCAGAUGUCACGUUCCUGCCUGUUUCCAGAAUAACUGGUCGGGUAGAGGUAGAGGACGUGAUGGCAGCAGUCCGUCCUUCCACAUGCCUGGUGUCAGUCAUGCUGGCCAACAAUGAGACAGGCGUUAUUAUGCCAAUCAGGGAGAUUUGUCAGAGGUUGAAGGCAGCAAAAAGAUCAUCGUCUUGUCCCAGGAUUCUGCUGCACACGGACGCAGCGCAGGCCAUUGGGAAGAUCCGUGUGGAUGCCCAAGAGCUGGGGGUGGAUUAUCUUACAAUAGUGGGACACAAGUUUUAUGCUCCACGAAUUGGUGCCUUGUUUGUGAAAGGUCCUGGAACGAUGACCCCUCUUUACCCUUUGCUCUUUGGCGGAGGACAGGAGCGCAACUUUAGACCAGGGACUGAGAACACAGCAAUGAUUGCCGGUCUGGGGAAGGCUGCAGAAUUGGUGACAGCAAACCUGGUGAAAGACGAGUCUCAUCUGUUGGAUAUCAGACUUUACCUGGAGCAGAGGCUGCUGACUGUGUUUGGAAAAGAGAAGCUUCGUUUUAACAGUCAUUUCCAUGGAACAGACACACUGCCCAACACGUGCAACAUGUCUAUUCUGGGACAAGGACUACAUGGCCGCAGCGUGCUGUCUACAUGUAGGAGGUUACUGGCCAGCGUGGGCGCUGCCUGUCACUCAGACCACGGAGAUCAGCCUUCACAUAUUCUGCUGAACUGUGGAAUCCCGUACCAUGUAGCAAUCAAUGCUCUGAGGAUUAGUGUGGGACGAGGGACAUCACGGGAGGAUGUGGACAUCGUGGUAGAGGACCUCCGGGACACAGUGGAACAACUGGAGCAAAUGAAUUAGAGUCUGUUUUUCCUAGAGCACCCUUAGUGUUUGCGGAUGUUGAACAGAAACUCAUGCUUUAGUUUUAUUGGCUUAAGAUACCGAUAUACCGAUCAAGGAAUUAUUUUACAGUGAACCAGUCUUGUGUGCACUGUAAAUAUACAAUAAUGGGGUAUGCACCUAAAUGCACUAAUUAUUAAAAGUACUGUUACAAGGCAGGAUGUUUUAAAAGAAUUAUUUAUUACUAUUGUUAAUAUAUAUUAUUAAUGUACACACAAAGGCUUUUUAAGCAUUUCUCAGAUGGGUUGAGCUUGCAUGUUCGAGUAGAAAUGUCUUCAGUGCAUAAAAGAAGCUGCAAUGUUAUUAACAUGUAGCAAGCAGGUGAUAUUGGCGUUUUUUUCUUCUUAAACCUGAUGUUAAAUUGUGUUCUGUCAUCAUUAAAGAUCACAUGCUUCA